GCGUGGUCGGAUAAUGGUACCCUGUCAUCUCAAGAAUUUACUUACUUAAUCCCAACUUUCGACCUCUAAUAGUUCCUGAGAUGCCCGUUAAAAGGUGAGAAAUGUUUUGAGCUAAUCACCUCUCAUCCUUUACUUUUAAAUAUAUUUUAUUAGGCAAACCUCUUUCUUAAUACCUAGAAGUUAUAAGAGAUCCCACAAAUUAAUCCAUUAAGGGUAUCUGCCCUUACCCAGCUGGAAAAAUAUAGCAAUAAUGUUUGUAAACAAGCGACUUGCUAGACCGUGUCCCUGGAGAGCUAAUAUUGAAGAGACGUUAUAUUAGUUGACUAGCGGAACAAAUGAAUAUUUUUACAAUAGUUAGUUAGUUAUUAGUUGAUUGACGAGUCAAAUGUCGCGCCACGCUUUUGAAGAGUUUAGGGUACAACUUCGAGUAUUGAGAUGGCUCGGUGUCCUCCGGUUUAGUAUCGACUUUGAGAAGUGCUUAGUUCGGGAAAGUGCUUUCGAGGAGCGCUGUGCUUGCCUUUAUAUGAUGAGCGUGGUGGGAGUUACUUGUAGUUUUGUCAUCUAUAGCUUCUUUUAUCCAAAUCACUUUGUAAUGGGCAAACACAACAGCACCGGCAACUGCUAUGGUCUGAUCAAUUUUAGGUCCUGUUCCAUGGUCACAACCCUGACGUACAUUCACCUCUAUGUACGUCGCUGUCGCUUCGCAAACCUAUUGCGGUCGAUGCUGCGAUUUCACCGAAUUUUUGGGUGUCGCGGAGGAGUCAUAACAUUUGGUUUUCCCUUCAUCCUACAUCUAUCUCUAUUAGUGCUUUGCAUGCUGAACUACGCCCACGGCUACUGGGCAGCAGGCGUUCGCUUGACCACAAUUCCCAUUUACCUCCUUCAGUACGGCUUUUCGUACCUUGUUCUGGGUCAGGUGGUUGUCCUCUUUGUCUUCUUUCAACAAAUUCUGAUCUCAGUUCUAAAGCACAAUAAUGAACUGCUUCUGCAAAAUAUUAAGCCAUGCAAGGACCGCCACGAAGUUUAUCAAAACUUUUGCAAAUACAACCAUGUCAUGUGGCUUUGUUAUGUAGACAUCAAUAAUUGUUUCGGUCUUCUACUGUUGCCCUUAACCGGAUUCAUCCUGCUGAUCACCCCCUCAGGACCGUUCUUCCUGGUGUCCACUAUCUUUGAAGGACGCUUUCAGCACAACUGGCGGUUCGCCUUCAUGUCGUUUACUGCCAUAUUUUGGAGUCUGCCGUGGGUGGCUUUGCUGGUUUUGACGAUGGGCGUCAACGACGUGCAAAAGGAAGUGAGUAACAUUUUUCCCUUAACAAACUAAACACGCAGUGUUUAUAGAAA